CGGCUUUCAGUGCGCCGAGCGCGCUCCGAGCGAAUAGACGUGCGUGUUCUCGACUUAAAAAGACAUUCCUUAUCACUUUCGUAAGCUCUUUCGCGUAAGGACCUCGCGUGAAAUCAGUUUUUCCACGUGACGUGAAAAACUAUUACGCUCGCGGUGUUCUAGCGAUUAUUAUUAUUAUUAUUAUUAUUAUUAUUAUUAUUAUUAUUAUUAUUAUUAUUAUUAUUAUUAUUAUUAUUAUUAUUUUCUCGCUUACUAUCUUGUCCUCUUUCUAUCUUUCUUUCUUUCUUUUCGAUCGAUUUUUCUUUUUCUUUUCCUUUCUUUUCCUUUACCAUUCUUUUAUCUUCAUUUUAUACGAACGCAACGCCAAAAUAGAAUAGAAGAAUUUAGAUAUGGAGACAGAUAGGGAGAGUGUCCUUUUGUUUUUAUAAGAAAGAGGAAAAAAAAGGGGGAACAAAAAAAAAAAAAAAAAAGGAAAAAGAUGUUAAACCGUCGUCUACGUCUUUCUUUUUUUCAAUUCUCGCGUAUUCCAUUCUCAUCGUAAAUCAUAAACACGAAGAUGAAAUAACACGAUGCCUAGUGUUUAUAUCGUGAUAAGAUUAUAUCCUUUUUUGUGACGAUACUUCUGCCGAAUUUAUCGAGAGAAAUAAAGACAGAGACACGAGGUGUUCGAUACUUCGUCGACUUUUUCUACGCAAGGACCCAGCGGGCAUCAGAGAACAGAGAAAAAGAAAAAAGAGAAAAAGAGAGAGAGAGAGAGAGAGAGAGAAAGAGAAAGAGAGAAAGAAAGAGAGAGAAGAAUAGACAUAAAAAUAAAAGGAAAAGAACGAGGAAGAUAAUGGGGGGAUGAUUUGGAGCUUUGUCAUUAAAGGAAACGACAGUGUUUUAAUAACGGCCAGUGGGAGAGGUUCUGGUCCUUUUCAAAACUAUACGAGGAAUUCACGAGGAUUAAGUUGACGUUGAAGGGAACCUAUAUACGUAUGAAAUAGAGAAAAAGAGAGGGCAAGAGAGAGAGAGGGAGAGAGAGAUAGAGAGAUAGGGAGAGAGAGAUAGAGAGAGGAAGAGACAAAGAGAGAAAUAAAUAAAAAGAAAAAAAAAAAAGAAAAAAGAAACAAAAAAGAAAACGAAAAUCAAUUGAUCGUAAGAACAUAUAAAGAAUUAUCGAGGUAUUAUUAUAACGGGCACGUGAAAUACGUAUCAAUGGAUAGAGCAACGUCAGGGAAGCUCGAUGAUAUAGAGAUCCCUUUGAUGCGAAUGGUUUCUCUGACUAGAGCCAGGGGCAGACAGUCCGUUGGUUCGAACGUAAUUUCGUCCUGGGUAGAAUAUGUCGGAUAGAUCCCAAGGACAGAGAAACGAGAAAAUAUAUAUGUAUAUAUAUAGGAAGGGUCUCACCUUUAAUAAGUGAAUCCCACGAGAAAUUAACGACCACCUAUGAAUCAGGAACGAGGGAUCAGCGAGUAAUAGUGGUCGUUGUCGUUGCUCGUAAUCCCAAGGAACAAGAUUACCUUGUUGGUGAGAGAAUACGUUCUCCUUGGCCGACUACGACGAUGGAUGGAAUCGAAGUGGUUAUCUAAUAUAACAUCUUAAAUAAUAAAUUGGAAAGGGAGAGAGAGAGAGAGAGAGAGAGAGAGGGUGAAAGAGAAAAAUAAAGGGAAGAUACGUAAAGAAGAAAAAAAUAAAAGGAGGUGGAGAAGGUGGGUCUUGGAAGGGUACCUUCGAAAAAUGUCACGUAUUUUGAGAAUACGCGCGAGAACGCGUCGGAAAUGACGGCCAACGUUUGGAUUGUCAUAAUUGAUAUUUUAUUAUCUCUCUCUCUCUCUCUCUCACACCGUCUCUCUCUUUCUAUUUCAUUCUUUCUUUCCAUUAUUGGCGUUCUCGAUGAACGCGAAAAUCGAAAGUAAAAUCCGUGGACGAGAGAGAAACGGGAAUAAGGGGAAAGGAAAUACGUAGGUACCGCAAGUAAAGCUCGUAGGAAAUUCAAGAACGGAGGGCCACGUAAAACCACGUCAUGGCGCUCUGACGUUACCGUGACAGGACUCGGAAAUGGCGAUGCUCUGAGGAUAGCACGUGAAGAGAGAGAGAAAGAGAGAGAGAGAGAGAGAGAGAGAGACAGACAGAGAAAGAGAGAGAGAUAUAGUGAGAAAGAGAGAAAGACAGACAGAAAGACAGACAGACAGAGAGCAUACGCGUGCUCAACUAUGUGUGUUCGCCAUCACGUCGGAAACGUUGCUGCUGCUGCUACUGCUACUACUGCUACUACUGCUACUACUACUACUACUACUACUACUGCUGCUGCUGCUACUGCUGCUGCUGCUGUUGCUGCUGCUGCUCGUGAUUAGCAGUGAUCCUCGGUAUAAUAGUAAACGUCCGUGUCUGUUCGGACCGAUUAUCUCACCUGCAGACAAUUAGACGGGAGUCCUCAAGUGAUUAAAGACGGAACGAGUGUGUUUUUAGGGUGGGACAGGUGGGAGGGAGGAAAAACGAAUGAACGAAUGAACGAAUGAACGAACGAACGAACGAACGAACGUACGUACGUACGGCCGACAUAGAAGAGGUAAGAGCAGAAGGAAAGGAGACAACGAAGAGAAAAGAAAUAAAUAAUAUUUUCAAGAAUUCGAAAGGAUAAAAACGAAGAUACGAAAGCCCAAGAUACGAAGAGUAUGGAUAUUGAUUUUAUGAAUAAAAGUGUAUUAACGAAGGUUGAACGUUGAUCGUAAAAAAAAAAAAAAGAAAAAAGGAAAGAGAAAAGAAGAUAAAGAAUGAAAAGAAUGAAAAGAAUGAAAAGGGAUGAUAGAGUACGUAAAGAAAAUUCGAGUGAUUAAAAAGAACGUAUUUCUUCGAUUAUACAUUAUUUAAUAAUCGUUAGCGAUAAUAUCGAUCGAUCGAACGAAUAGGUUAUACUAUUACAAGUAUAGUAACACCUAGUCAUGCGGUUGGUUAGUUCAGCUAAAGGACAAUCGGCUUUACUACUUGUCGAGUAAUAGUCAGGGGUACGUUGCAUGGUCGACGGGAUCACCGCGGUCCAAAUGGAAAGCUAAUAGUCACGCGUUUGUCGUGCAUGCUACGUGAAGUGUUGGUGUUAGUGGUGGUGUUGGUGGUGUUGAUGGUGGGAGUGGUCGUGGUGGUAGUAGAAGCAGCAGAAGCAGAAGCAGAAGUAGAAGCAGCAUCAGCAGUAGAGAUAGUGGUUACUUCUUCGUCCGAUCUUCGGCGACGGCGACGAUGACAACGACGACGACGACGACGACGACGACGACGACGACGACGACGACGACGAAGAAGGUGGCAAAGAGAGAACGAUAAAGUGGGCGGUUACGAGGAGUCUACUGAAACGGGAGCUUGUUCCCGUGGAUAGAAGAAGGAAAGAGAAUAAGAGAAUUGAAACUCUGCUAGAACGUGCUGGAAGAAGAAGAGAACAGCGGUGGGAAACAACGGUCGUGAGGAGGGUAGAAGCAGAAGAAGAAGAAGAAGAAGAAGAGGAGGAGAAGGAGGAAGAGGAGAAUACGAGGGCGGCCACGAGGGAAAGGGACUUGAACGUAGAGAAGUUUCCGUCUGUCCGAAGUGGAUGGGGGUGAAAAUGUUCCGAGUGUUGCUGGCAUGUGUCUGGCUGGUUGCCGGCAGCCCGUUACAUCCCUGGCCGCUAAUACCCCAAAGAGCCAGUAUAACCAGAGACAGUUACAUCAGACAUUAUAGUCCAGCGUGGUAUGAUAUUGCAGCACUGAGGGAACAUCGAGCAAGAAAUCGUCGUGACACUUCGAGUUCCGGUCGGUCAAAGGACGCAACGUUGAAUCUACGCCUUCGCGCUCUCGACAGAGAAUUUAAGAUGAGACUUGUAAGAGACACAAGCCUUUUCCAUGAAGAGACAACUUUCGAAGGAUCGAACGACCGAAAUAUUGCCUUCGAUCCUUCCCACACGUACAGCGGCACGUUGGAGGACGACGAAAAUUCAUUGGUCCAUGGUAUCGUCACUACUGAGGGCCUAUUCGAUGGGACAAUAUUUACAGCCUCCGAUGAGAUUUACAUCGAACCUGCCAGCAGAUAUUCAUCCUCAUCCUCGGAUUGUCAUCGAUUGUCUUUCGAUAAUGACAAUCAUUGUGGAAAUAAAUCCGAUGAUCUACGUCAUCAUCAUACGAUCGCAUAUCGCUCCAGAGACGUCUCCGUUUUACCAACCCAAUCGUGUGCCAGCGAAGAACUUUUUCAUCAAAACGAUCAUAAUCGAUCGAGGAACAGCAACGAGACGGGAAAGAACGGAUAUAUUCUUGCUGGUGGCACAAUGCGACCGUUUUAUCAGCACGUAAACGAGGGGACGAAUCGUGCGAAGCCAGGAUUCUAUCCGAUGGAUGCUAGGAAGAAGGACCCCAUGGCGAGUUCCCAUAAUCUCGAGCUUCUCGACAAAUUGUACAGAGAGAGAUAUUCACGGAUCUUAAGGAAGAGAACGUCAAUCGAUCCAAAGAAGACUACUUGCAUGUUGUAUCUCCAAGCGGAUCAUACGUUCUUCGAACAUUACAAAUCGGAAGAGGCGUGCAUAGAAGUGAUGACUCGUCAUGUACAACGUGUAAAUUCAAUUUACAGACACACAGAUUUUAAUCAGGAUGGACAACCGGACAAUAUCAGUUUUAUGAUAAAACGCGUUAAGGUUCACGGAGAGGAAGCAUUGCAUGAUCCAUCCUAUAGAUUUACGGGUGACUACGGAGUCGAGGAAUUCCUCGAGCUAUUUUCCGAAGAAGAUUACGACGCAUUUUGUCUUUCCUACAUGUUUACCUAUCGUGAUUUCGAAAAGGGUACGCUGGGCCUCGCUUGGACAGGUGAUCUCAAGAACGCAGGUGGAGUUUGCGAGAAAAAUGGGCAUUAUAGAGGUAGCAUGAAAUCUCUCAACACUGGCAUAAUCACCCUACUCAACUACGGGAAGCACGUACCACCGACGGUUUCUCACGUUACCCUCGCACACGAGAUCGGCCACAAUUUUGGAUCUCCUCAUGAUCCGGACGAGUGCUCACCAGGCGGAGAGGAUGGGAAUUUCAUAAUGUUCGCAAGGGCUACGAGUGGCGACAAGCGAAACAACAAUCGAUUCAGUCCGUGCAGUCUCGUCUCCAUAAAUCCUGUCUUAAAUGCCAAGGCUCGUUCAUCAAAAGGAUGUUUCGCUGAGCCUCAGUCGGCCAUUUGCGGAAACGGCGUGGUGGAAGAGGGUGAGGAGUGCGAUUGUGGAUGGGAGGAGGACUGCAAUGAUCCUUGUUGCCACCCUCAACGGCUCCAUCAUGUCCCUCAUGAGAUACCUUGUCGCCUUGCCGAUGGCGCAGUUUGCAGUCCCAGUCAGGGACCGUGCUGCACGUCGGCUUGUACUUUACGCAGCGGGGACAAGUGCAGGGACGACAACGGAUGCAGGGACGCGAGCUUUUGCGACGGCCGAGGUCCCCAGUGUCCGCCAUCCAUCAACAAACCCAACAAGACCAUAUGCAACGAGGAGUUCGUCUGCUACAUGGGGGAAUGCACCGGCAGCAUUUGCCUGGCUUACGGUUUGGAAUCCUGUCAGUGUAUCGCAGGACCAGAGGAUCCACCGACCAAGAGCUGUGAACUCUGCUGUAAAUUACCAGGAGAGGAUCAACCGUGCUUAUCGUCCUUUGCUUGGAACUCAGCUCCUUACGAUAUACCAGACAUGCUUUCAAAACCUGGUACACCUUGCAACGACUACAAUGGUUACUGCGACGUUUUUCAAAGAUGCCGAGAGGUUGAUCCAAGUGGCCCUCUGGCCACCUUGAGAAGGCUUCUUCUAUCUGAUGCAAGUCUUGCUAACUUUCAACGAUGGAUUAUCGAUCGUUGGUACAUAGUUGCCUUGAUGAUUCUCCUUCUGUUAUCCAUAUUGUGCGUGGUUACGAGGCUGCUAAGUAAACGACGAGUUCCACGUAUGAAAAUUCUUUCAACGUCACAGGAAACACGAGAGGAGAUCGUAAGAAGGGAAGAAUCUUUGUCAAAAGAUCAUGCAACAUCAAACGUUGCUAAAAUACGAUCGAUGAACAUUUCGCACAUCAAAAAGCGUAUAGUCGAGACUAUGAAAAGCAUCGUAUCGCCGCGUGGUAAGAGAAACGACGAGGAGUCCUUGCGGGCGAGUACCUGUAUCUCCAGGAUUCUACGUAUUUUAGAAAAGGACGCUACUCGAGCGGUCGAUCGUUCGGAAAAGCAGAGCUUGAACGAGAUCGAGGAGGUGGAAGGUAAAAGGAGGAAAAAUAGAACCGAGAAGAGACGAGAGAAAAGGAGAAAAGAAAUGGAAGAGGAAGAAUUAAAGAAAAAAGAAAAUAGGAGAAUACUUCUUCCUCGUGUCGAGUGCCAGAUGAACGAGAAAAAUCUGGGAAGAUGGCGGAGAAUCUCUUUCCUUCUAUCGGGAAGAACUAUUCCAAGGAACUUGACUUCCUCGGAGGCAAAGAUAACGGCAAGCUCGUACAACGUUGAAAGCGGAGUUUGUAAAAAUUCGACGAAUUAUCAGAGCGAACCAUUGGUUGUGCCGGACACGCCCGAUACGCCGAUCGAUACAGUCGAAGGAAGAAUGCAAACGUCAGAUUUGACGGUCCUCUUACCGGAAAGUUAGUCGUGGGAUAUUUUUCUUUUAUUCGACUUCUUUAUUACAUUAUUGAUGAACUGCAAAGUCGAAUAUAAUAGUGUAUCUCUGAAGAGCUUGUAAAUAUUGUAUAUAUUCGUCAAAUCGAUUAGUAUAUAUUCGUGUCGAUCGUAGAACAAAGCAUCUAGAAUUCAAAAUAAGAAUGAUGAUGAUGAUGAUGAUGAUGAUGAUGAUGAUGAUGAUGAUGAUGAUGAUGAUCGAAUAAUCUGGAUAUGAAUGAUUCGUAUUUUAAUCGAGUAUAGAAGCGGACCAAUCGUAGAGGAGGUCGUCCCGAAGUUUAGUGUCGGUGUAUGUAUGCGUUUAGAGGAAUGUAUAAGCAAUCUCGAUCAUUAUUGUAAAAAAAAAAAAAAAAAAAAAAGAAAAAUAUAAAUCAUAUGCUACAAAUUCACUAUA